UUGUGUUUCGACCGGGUCAACCGGAGAGACACCCAACACGACAGCGGAAAAAAAACACAGAGCAAACUAAAAGAAAAACAGAACAAAAGGAGUUGUGAAUUGGCUCCAAUACCCACCAAACAAACACGUUUUUACAUCUUUAUUCGGAUUCUUUAUCGUGUUUUCUCUUUUCCCAAGAAUCGAGAUUCUUUUUUUUUUGGGGUGAAUUUUCAUUACCUAAUCAAUGAUAAUGCCAUUUUGUAUAAUAUUCUUGACCAAAGAGGAGGAGACAAAGCGGAAGAAGCUUUCUUCUUUCCCAUCGACCACGUCUUUCUCUUCUGUUCUUGACGAUCCUGUAUUCCUCUUGACAUGAAAUCUAUGCCCUCUCCCGCCCGUUAACCUUUUUCCUUUCUCCUGUUGUCUUUCCCGUUUUCGGGUAUCGCUUUUUCCGUGCAGAGAAUUUGCAAAAAGGCCUCACGAAGACAGUUCUUGAGGCAGUUCUACCGGCGGAGGAAUGGAGGAGAAUCCAUCGGAGAAAAAAUCCGGUUGCGGGCUGUUGAGUAUAGUUUUCGGAAGACGUGGCUUGUGGAGCAAGAAAUCUACCGGAGAGAACGGUAGCCAAAAAAGCUCGAUGAGCAGCAACGUCCCGACAGCCUCCGUCAACAUUCAGUUCACCAAAUCUCCCGGAACAGACUUCAUCCCCAAGAAGGCUCAAAUUUCCGAUCAAAGAAUUGCAUCAGAACCGACGCAUAAUCAGAAACCGAUUUUGAAACCUUCCUCGAUUCAGUACCCAAAUAACCAUCAAUUGGCUGGUUAUACAAAUCAGCAACCGCGUAACAACGAUUCGAAUGGAGGGUCGGCCCAACCACAAGUUCGGAAGGUGUCUAGAGGAGUAAUCGGAAUAUCGGGUGAGCUAGAGAGCAUGAUCACGGAUCAUCAGAAAGCGAAAGGGUCCUCCAAUGGCUCAUUGGUCCGAGCGUCUUCGAGCAAUGUCAUGUUGUACGGCAAUCUAGGAAAUCUGAGACAGCCGGGAACGACUGGUAAUAAUUACGGCAAUGCCCAAAAUCAGACAGGAAGAGUUCAGAACAAUGUCCAGAUGAAUUCAACAUCAGGGUACGGGGAAAUGUCUGGACCAACGGCGACGAAAAAGAGCUCAUCAGAGCAGUCAGGAUCAUUGUGUAGGGCAAUUUCCACGAGGAUGGACCCAGAAACGUUAAAGAUAAUGGGGAAUGAAGAUUACAAGAACGGAAAUUUCGCCGAGGCGUUGGCCCUGUAUGAAGCGGCCAUAGCCAUUGACCCGAACAAGGCAUCGUACCGUAGCAAUAAGAGCGCGGCUUUAACGGCGUUGGGGAGAAUCCUCGAGGCAGUUUUCGAGUGCAGAGAAGCCAUAAGAAUCGAGCCUCAUUACCACAGAGCUCACCAUAGACUGGCUAACUUGUAUAUCAGGUUAGGAGAGGUCGAGAAGGCGAUCUACCAUUUCAAACACUCGGGUCCAGAAGCCGACCAGGAGGACAUAACCAAAGCCAGAACUGUACAGACUCAUCUCAACAAAUGUACAGAAGCCAAGAACCGACGAGAUUGGAAUGCCCUUGUCAGAGAAACAACAAGCUCCAUAUCCGCAGGCGCGGAUUCCGCUCCUCAGGUAUACGCAUUGCAAGCGGAGGCAUUCUUGAGGAUAAACAGACAUCAAGAAGCAGAUGAUGCCAUGUCCAGAAACCCUAAUUUCGAUUCAGAAACAUCGACAAAGUAUUAUGGAGCCAUCGGCUAUGCCGGUUUCUUGGCCGUCUGGGCUCAGGUUCACAUGUCAUGCGGCAGAUUCGAGGAGGCAAUGGAGGCGAUCCAACGAGCCAGCAAGUUGGACGGGAACAACCGGGAGGUUCAGACGGUGAUGCGGAGGGCUCAGGCGGUGACGUCAGCACGGUCCAGAGGGAACGAGCUUUUCAAAGCAGGUCGGUUCGAGGAGGCUUCUGCCGCCUACGGAGAUGGCUUAGCCAUCGACCCUAAAAACUCGGUCUUGCUCUGCAACCGCGCGGCUUGCCGGUCCAAGCUGAGCCACUUCGACAAGGCCGUCGAGGAUUGCUCGGCCGCUCUAGCCCUCCGGCCCGGCUACGUCAAGGCUCGUCUCAGAAGAGCCGAUUGUAACGCCAGGAUGGGAAACUGGGAAAAGGCCGUGGAAGAUUACGAGAUACUGAAAGAACAGAUUCCCGAAGAUGAGGAAGUGGAAAGAGGCUUGUCGGAAGCAAAGCAACAGCUCAUGAAACGUCGCGGCCACGGUACUUGAAAUUUGCCGCCGGCGGUGAUAUAUUUAAUUUUUUUCCGGUGGGCAAUAGGUGCGAUUCUUUUUUAUCUAUUUAUUUAUUGUCUUCCACUCAUUGGAUCGAUGGAGCUACGAGAAAAAGGAAUCACGUUUGAAUAUUUGUAUAGAGAUUUGUUGGUGAUUUGUGUUUUCCUUGUCAAUUGUCUUCAAACAUCAAUUUUUGCAGCCUAAUCUAUACCAAUGCCAUUAGAUGUUUUACAAACAUUUA